UCGUGUGUCGUGCUAAAACAAUUAUUUGCACCACAACACUAUAUGCAGAAAGCAACUGUUAUGAAUUUUUGUGUUGUUUCCUUGGCUUCCUCUUGGUUGCCUUUGGUGUGUUUUUCCUUUAUUUAAAUACUGAGGUCUCGCUUUCGUGUGGAAAAUGAGUCGACAUAGUGAUGCAAAAAGGGACGCAGAUCCCGCUGUGGAAUUGGAGAGUCAAUUUAUACUACGCCUGCCUCCGGAGCCAUCUAAAGUAUUACGAGAAGCAAUAAGAAGUGGUGCUUCUAAUUUGAAAGACCGUUUGUUCAUUAAAUUGGAAAAUGAUUUACGUUAUGGCGAAGUGAGGAUGGAUCACUGGCUUAUGAAUGCCAAGCUUGUAGAUCUGCCAACUAUAAUAGAGUCUAUGAAAACGAUUGAUGGGAAGAACUUCUACAAAACAGCUGACAUAUGUCAGAUGCUUAUCUGUAAAGAAGAAGACGACCAAACCACAACUGAUGAGGAGUCACCAGCAAAGAGAAAAAAGGAUCCUAACAAGGUUGACAAAAAAUUCUUAUGGCCUCAUGGAAUAACACCGCCACUUAAAAAUGUUCGCAAGAGACGAUUCCGUAAGACAUUAAAAAAGAAAUAUGUAGAGGCUCCAGAAAUAGAAAAAGAGGUGAAGCGAUUGUUACGGGUUGACAAUGAAGCUGUGAAAGUGACAUGGGAAGUUAUUAAUGAGGAAGAUGAUAAGCAAAAGCCAGGUUCCUCUAAGGAGGAUAGAAACAUGCGAGGUGGGGAUGCAUCACUGGAAGCAAGUACUCAGCACAGCGUGGAUGUUGCCGAGCAUGACAUAUUUGGAGAAGCUGUUAGUGAUUCUGAAGAAGAAGAAGAAACUAAUAUUAAUAUCAUGGAGAUGGAAGAUGAAAACAGUAGGUUGUCAGCUGAUGACAGCAUGCAUACCAUGGAUUCCACUUCCAUACAAGCUGCUCACAGCUCUGAUAAAGGUCAGCAGCCUCUCGUUACUCAAUUUAGUCAUGAAAUGUUCAGUGGACAAGAAGAAAGCAACCACAGUGUUGGUAUCAAGCACGAGCUUGAGAGAGAACAUGACAGUGAAAGAGACUUUGAAAGAUCAUUUGAUCAUGAUCAUGACCAGUCAGGACUCAUGAAGGAAGAAUCAACAAUGGGUUAUGAAGAUGAUGAUGACCAUGACAGACCAAGCAGUGCUGACCAGCAUAAAGACUCAAAGUUCAAUUUGGAUCUUGAAGGCAUGUCAAGUGAUUCAAAUAUGUUUGUUCAAAGGCGUAUGCGAAAGGAGCAGUUGGAAGCUGAACUACCUGAACUCAGAGCCCGAUGCCAACAACAAGAACUUGAGAUAUCCAACCUUGAAAACCAAGCCUUACGCCAAAGGUUCCAAGAAAAACUUGACAAUAUGCUGACAGAGUUGUUGCAAAAAGAGCAAGAGUACCAGGACCUGUGUCAAGAUUGACGGGAUAUUUAAGACAACUAUGCAAUAUGUGCAUCGGAACUUUUAGACCUUACGUGUUGUUAUUGAAUAAUGUACAAGCUUGAAAGCUUUUGUUUAUUUGUCUUUUGUUGGUACUAUUAAAUGUUUUUUGAUCAUUCUUUAAA